UAGGUGCACAACGAAGGAGAAGCCCCAGUGCACUGGCCAUUGAAGUAUUUGAAGCACAUUUGGGAAGUCACAUUUUGCAGUCCCUGGAUGGCUUUGUGUUUGCACUAAAUCAAGAAGGAAAAUUUUUGUACAUUUCUGAAACAGUCUCAAUCUACCUAGGCCUCUCACAAGUGGAGCUGACAGGCAGCAGCGUCUUUGACUAUGUCCACCCCGGGGACCACGUGGAGAUGGCAGAGCAGCUGGGCAUGAAGCUCCCACCUGGGCGGGGUCUCCUCUCCCAGGGUACCACUGAGGACGGAGCCAGCUCAGCAUCUUCCUCCUCCCAGUCAGAGACCCCCGAGCCAGUGGAGUCAACCAGUCCCAGUCUGCUAACCACUGACAACACCCUUGAGCGUUCCUUUUUCAUCCGAAUGAAAUCUACUCUGACCAAACGCGGCGUGCACAUCAAAUCAUCAGGAUAUAAGGUGAUCCACAUAACAGGUCGGCUACGACUUCGGGUGUCGCUGUCCCACGGGAGGACCAUCCCCAGCCAGAUCAUGGGUCUUGUGGUCGUGGCGCAUGCCUUGCCUCCCCCUACAAUCAAUGAAGUCAGAAUCGACUGCCAUAUGUUCGUCACUCGAGUAAAUAUGGACCUCAAUAUCAUUUACUGUGAAAAUAGGAUCAGUGAUUACAUGGAUCUGACCCCUGUAGAUAUUGUGGGGAAGAGAUGCUACCACUUCAUCCACGCAGAAGACGUGGAGGGCAUCCGGCACAGUCACUUGGACUUGCUGAAUAAGGGCCAGUGUGUGACGAAGUACUACCGUUGGAUGCAGAAGAAUGGAGGCUAUAUCUGGAUACAGUCUAGUGCCACCAUAGCUAUUAAUGCCAAGAAUGCAAAUGAGAAGAACAUCAUCUGGGUGAAUUACCUUCUUAGUAACCCCGAGUACAAGGACACCCCGAUGGACAUCGCGCAGCUCCCGCAUCUGCCAGAGAAAACCUCGGAAUCCUCGGAGACAUCGGACUCUGAGUCAGACUCUAAAGACACCUCAGGUAUUACAGAGGACAACGAGAACUCCAAGUCGGAUGAGAAGGGGAACCAGUCUGAGAACAGCGAAGACCCGGAGCCCGACCGGAAGAAGUCGGGCAGCACGUGCGACCAGGACAUGAACUGCAAUGACCAAGGCCACAGCUCCAGCAAUCCGGACAGUCGCGACAGCGACGACAGCUUCGAGCACUCGGACUUUGAGAACCCCAAGGCGGGCGAGGAAGGCUUCAGUGCCCUGGGCCCCAUGCAGAUCAAGGUGGAGCGCUACGUGGAGAGCGAGUCGGACCUGCGGCUGCAGAACUGCGAGUCCCUCACGUCGGACAGCGCCAAGGACUCGGACAGCGCGGGCGAGGCGGGCGCGCAGGCCUCCAGCAAACACCAGAAGCGCAAGAAGAGGCGGAAACGGCAGAAGGGCGGCAGCGCCAGCCGCCGGCGCCUGUCCAGCGCGUCAAGCCCGGGCCUGGACGCGGGCCUGGUGGAGCCCCCGCGGCUGCUGUCCUCCCCCAACAGUGCCUCGGUGCUCAAGAUCAAGACGGAGAUCUCCGAACCCAUCAACUUCGACAACGACAGCAGCAUCUGGAACUACCCGCCCAACAGGGAGAUCUCCAGGAACGAGUCCCCCUACAGCAUGACCAAGCCCCCCAACUCCGAGCACUUCCCAUCCCCGCAGGGUCAGGGCGGCGCGGGCGGCGGGGGCGGGGGCGGCGGGGGCCUGCACGUGGCCAUCCCCGACUCGGUCCUCACCCCGCCGGGCGCAGACAGCGCAGCCACCCGCAAGACUCAGUUUGGCGCCUCGGCCACCUCGGCCUUGGCCCCCGUCACCUCCGACCCCCUGUCCCCCCCGCUGGUGACCGGGACCCUGGCGGCCACCAGCACGGCCGCGCAGAGGGUCUACACGACGGGCACCAUCCGCUACGCGCCCGCCGAGGUGACCCUGGCCAUGCAGGGCAACCUGCUGCCCAACGCGCACGCUGUUAACUUCGUGGACGUUAACAGCCCGGGCUUCGGCCUCGACCCCAAGACGCCCAUGGAGAUGCUCUACCACCACGUGCACCGGCUCAACAUGUCCGGACCGUUCGGCGGCGCCGUGAGCGCGGCCAGCCUGACGCAGAUGCCCGCGGGCAACGUGUUCACCACGGCCGAGGGGCUCUUCUCCACGCUGCCCUUCCCGGUCUACAGCAACGGCAUCCACGCCGCACAGACUCUGGAGCGCAAGGACGACUGA